UUGUUAUUUUAUUUAUGACAUAACUAUUGGAAUUUACUUCAUGAGUCAUGACAGUAAAAGAAAAUGAACUCCAAGAUAAAAGAGUUAAGGGACAUAAAGAAGAAGACUGAGGUAAUAGUAUUGACUCGGUCGGGUCAGUGUGUGAUAAUGAUGCAUGGUUGAAUACACAAGCAAGUUGAGCCAGCUUUCCAGCUGGGGUUUGUGGUUGCAUCUUGGUCACUCUUGUUUAGUCUUCAGGUGAAACUCAAACAUGACUUUCCUUCUAAUAUGAGAAUCUGUGUGCUUUAUUCAAUCCCUGCAAGUUUAGAUGCUUCUGAUUAAGCUUUGUAAUUGAUAGUUAUUUAUUUUCUCUUAGAUCUAUUAAGUUUGACGUCAGUACUAUUUAUUACAACUAUUUACAUCAUAUCAUCAUAACACUCACCAUGAUAAGAAAUAUUGUAAACAUAUGUUGCUUUUACUUGUGCUUCUUCUACCUUUUCCUGAUGUGGUAUGACGAUGGAGAUGUUACAUCUUUGCAAUUAUGAUUCAGUUAGGCUUUGUUUGGUAGGGAGAAUGGAAAGAGGUGAGGAUGAAAGUUUUCUUAAUCUAAUGAUUAAGCUAAAAAGCAAGAAAAUAGUUAUGAAUUUUACUAUUAACAAAUUUUCCAUCCUCACCACUUUCCAUCCUUACUAUUAAGCAAAGUCUUACUCUAUAUGCAUAUUGUUUGACCAUCUUUUAGAAAAAAAAAAAAAUCUAUCCUGCAGUGAAGGCCAUCAUUAGUAGCAAUUUUUGUUUUUGCAUCUUCAUACAUGCAAUGUAGACACUGAAUCCUGGUUUUACUUCAAUGGUCUUGCUUCCAUCAAUCUGGUUGAAGUAACAAAACUCUAAUCCGUGCUCUCUUGUACCUGUUUAUGAUUAAAGGUCUUUUAUGACACAGAUUACAACAUGGAGAAGGGUGCAUGGACUGUGUUCUGUUGCGACUCUGAGAGUUCACAUGGAGUUGGAAAGACAUGCGAUACUGGUUUUUCUGCAAUUGUUAAUCCAUCUACAUGUAUCAAUCAUGCUUUGAUAAUUUCUGUUGAUAUCCUGCUUCUGAUAAUUUUCCUAGGCAUAUUCAUUUAUACAUUGUCUCUAAGGAAGAUUACGGCAGCCUCCCAGUCUCAACACCUCUCUUCAAUGCUAAUUCUCUCAGCAGUCUCUAAUGUCAUUUUAGCCGUUGCCUACUUGGCCUUGGGGAUAUGGAUAAUUAAACAGAAGCUCAAUGCAGAUGAGACAAUUUUUCCUUUGCAUGGAUGGCUAGUAGUGUUAUUUCAAGGGUUGACAUGGUUGCUUUUAGUGUCAUUUGUGAAUCUGAAGAAGCAAAACCUUCCAUGUAGAACAGCAGUGAAAUCUUGUUCAGUUCUUGGCUUUUUUUAUGCAGGGUUUCUCUGUAUUGGAGCUCUUCGAGAAUCUAUUGUAGAUCGAACUGUGUCAGCUAAGAUAAUUUUGGAUAUUUUAUCUUUUCCUGGAUCAAUUUUAUUGCUUCUUUGUUCCUAUAAAGGACACAAGUCUAAGGACACUGAUCUAGAUAAUACCAUUGAUGCUUGCUAUAAACCAUUGCUAGGUGAGGAACCUGAAGUAGCUGAUGGAAUCAGUUUCAAUCAUAAGGUUACUGCCUUUGCCAAAGCUGGAUUUUUCAGUACAAUGUCAUUUUGGUGGUUGAAUCCAAUAAUGAAGCAAGGUAACGAGAAAAUUCUUGAGGAUCAAGAUAUCCCAUUGUUACAGGAGGAACAUCAAGCACAAAAAUGCUACUCAAAGUAUAUGGAGCAGCUGAGCAAAGAUCAAAGGAAAGAAUCAGGUGAUCUGCCCUCAAGAUUGUCGUUGAUUUUCUAUUCUCAAUGGAAAGCUAUUUUCAUUUCCGGGUUCUUUGCAUUGAUAAAGGUUCUCACAUUGUCCAUGGGCCCACUGUUCCUCAGAGCGUUUAUUGAGGUUGCUGAAGGCAAAGAAGCCUUUAAGCAUGAGGGUUAUGCACUGGCUAUUGGCCUCUUUUUAACAAAAUGCUUGGAAUCAUUUUCUGAGAGGCAAUGGUUCUUUCAGACAAGACUGGUAGGACUUCAGAUAAGGUCUUUGCUAUCUGCAGCAAUAUAUCAGAAGCAACUAAGACUAUCAAAUGCUUCUAAAGUAACUCAUUCUCCAGGUGAGAUAGUAAAUUAUGUCAGUGUAGAUGCCUACAAAAUAGGUGAGUUUCCAUCUUGGUUUCAUCAGAUAUGGUCAACAAGCCUUCAGUUAUGUCUUGCACUAUUUAUUGUAUACUACACUGUGGGACUCGCAACUGUUGCUGCUUUAAGUGCCAUAAUAUUAAUGGUGCUUGCAAGUUCUCCAUUGGCUAAAUUGCUACUUAAAUAUCAGAAAAAACUCAUGUUGGCACAAGAUAAGAGGCUAAAGGCCAUUACAGAGGGACUUGCAAAUAUGAAGGUUUUGAAGCUGUAUGCUUGGGAAACACAUUUCAAGAACAUUAUAGAAGGAUUAAGGAAAGAAGAAUUCAAGUGGAUAUCAGGAAUUCUGACACAAAGAGGGUUCCAGGUAGUUCUAUUUUGGUCAUCUCCUGUUAUUGUACCAGCUGUUACUUUCUGGACAUGCUACUUUCUUAGGAUUCAACUCAAUGCUGGAAACAUUUUCACAUUUUUAGCAAGUCUGAAUAUUCUUCAAGAGCCAAUAAGGGUGAUUCCUGAUGUUUUCGGAGUGUUUAUUGAAGCAAAGGUUUCCCUAGAUCGAAUUGUGAAAUUUCUUGAGGCACCAGAGUUAGAAAACAAAAAUUUACAGCAGAAACACAAUGACAAAGAGUUUGAGUACUCCAUUUUCAUCAACUCUACUGAAAUUUCUUGGGACACAGAUUCUUCCUCCAAGCCAACAUUAAGGAACAUAAAUUUGCUUGUUAAGCCAAGAGAAAAGAUCGCUAUUUGUGGAGAGGUUGGCUCAGGCAAAUCAACCCUUUUAGCUGCCGUUCUUGGGGAAGUUCCAAAAUUCAAUGGCAUUGUUCAUAUAUAUGGAAAGAUGGCAUAUGUUUCUCAGACAGCAUGGAUCCAAAUUGGUAGUAUACAAGAAAAUAUUCUAUUUGGUUCCGUUAUGGAUCCACUUAGAUACCAAGAGGUGCUUGAGAAGUGUUGCCUAGUAGAAGAUCUAGAGAUGCUUCCAUUUGGAGACCUUACUGAAAUAGGAGAAAGAGGUGUAAACCUGAGUGGUGGGCAGAAGCAACGAGUUCAACUAGCUCGUGCAUUAUAUCAGGAUGCAGAUAUCUAUCUCCUGGAUGAUCCCUUCAGCGCUGUAGAUGCACAUACAGCAACAAGGCUUUUUAAUGAGUAUCUCAUGGGAGCUCUUUCAGAGAAGACCGUCUUACUUGUGACCCACCAAGUGCACUUUCUGCCAGGUUUUGAUUCUAUUUUGUUGAUGGCUGCUGGAGAAAUCAUAGAAGCUGCUACUUACGACAAUCUACUUGCUUCAAGUCUAGCAUUCCAGAACCUUGUAAAUGCACAUAAGCAUAGUGUUGGCUCUGAGAUACACAUUUAUCACUCCACAAGCAGAAGAUCUAUGACAUCCAAGGGAGAGAUCCAAAAUGUGUAUGUUAAGGAUCAGUCAGCUGUGCCUUCAGGAGAGCAAUUAAUUAAGCAAGAAGAAAAAGAAACAGGAGACACAGGUCUCAAGCCUUACAAACAGUAUUUAAGCCAUGGCAAGUGCUUUCUGUAUUUCUCUUUUGCAGCUGUAUUCCACAUGAUAUUCAUUAUUGGCCAACUGAUGCAAAACUACUGGUUGGCUGCUAAUGUCCAGAACUCUUAUGUUAGCAGACUGAAAUUAGUCACUGUUUACACAGCGAUUGGGAGUGCUGUAGCAAUCUUUUUGUUCCUCCGAUCCUUUUCUGUAGUUCUAUUAGGUUGUGGAGCAUCACAAUCUAUUUUCUCUACACUUGUGAAAUCACUUUUCAGGGCACCAAUGUCUUUUUAUGACUCAACUCCCUUGGGAAGGAUACUCAGUCGAGUAUCUUCUGAUUCUAGCAUUGUCGAUCUUGAAGUGCCUUUCAGAUUUGCAAUUGCACUUGGGUCAACCUUGAAUGCCUACUCUAGCUUUGUGAUACUGGCUGUUCUAGCCUGGCCAGUUGUCUUUGUCAUCACACCCCUGAUUUACCUAAGUAUAUUCCUACAGAGGUACUAUCUUGCUUGUUCAAUGGAGUUGAAGAGAAUCAAUGGCACAACAAAGUCUUCAGUUGCCGGUCACCUUGCAGAAUCUAUAGCAGGAGCCAUGACAAUUAGAGCUUUUGGGGAGGGAGAUCGAUUCUUCUUAAGGAAUCUGGACCUGAUCAAUGCUAAUGCAAGUUCAGAUUUCCAUAGCUUUUCUGCAAAUGAGUGGUUAAUCCAACGGUUAGAAAUACCUUGCGCUUUGGUACUUUCUUUGUCAGCAGUUGCCAUGACUUUACUUCCUCUUGGAGCAUCUGCCUCUGGUUUCGUUGGAAUGGCAUUGUCUUAUGGCCUCUCACUGAAUUUGUUCCUUGUUGUUGCCGUCCAAUACCAAUGUGUGCUAGCAAACUUAAUAGUCUCUGUAGAAAGGCUGGAGCAGUACAUGCAUAUUCCAAGUGAAGCUCCAGAUAUUAUCAAAGAUAAUCGGCCUGCCCAUGGUUGGCCUUCUGUUGGUAAAGUGGAGAUUUGCAAUUUGAAGGUUAGAUAUCAACCCAAUGCUCCACUAGUCCUUAAGGGCAUAACCUGCAUUUUUGAAGGAGGGCAUAAAAUUGGGAUAGUUGGUAGGACUGGCAGUGGAAAGACAACUCUUAUCAGUGCUUUGUUCCGUUUGGUAGAGCCUUCAGAUGGAAAAAUCAUCAUUGAUGACCUUAACAUCUCCACAAUCGGGCUUCAUGAUUUGAGAUCACGAUUGGGAAUCAUCCCACAAGAUCCUACUCUUUUCAGUGGGUCUGUCAGAUACAAUCUGGAUCCCUUAUCAGAGCAUAGCGAUUACAAAAUAUGGGAGGUUCUCGAAAAAUGUCAACUUAGAGAGGCUGUUCAAGAGAAAGAGGAAGGCCUGAAUUCCUUAGUUGUACAAGAUGGAUCAAACUGGAGCACAGGUCAGAGACAAUUAAUUUGUCUGGGACGCGCUUUGCUCAAGAAGAGCCAGAUAUUAGUACUUGAUGAAGCCACUGCAUCAAUCGAUAAUGCAACUGAUUCUAUCAUCCAGAAAACUAUAAGAACAGAAUUUGCAUACUGCACAGUGAUUACUGUCGCUCAUAGAAUUCCAACUGUGAUGGACUGCACUAUGGUGCUUGGUAUCAGUGAUGGGAAAUUGAUAGAGUAUGAUGAACCAUCAAAGCUGAUGAAUAAACAGGGAUCAUUGUUUGGGCAGCUUGUCAAGGAAUAUUGGUCUCGUUCUUCACAUGCUGAUACCUUUUCAAAAGACUGUUUUAUCCUUACAUCUGGACGUGUAGUUGCUGCUAUGCCGGUUCCAUCCAUUUUGGUAGGCUCCAAUCCUGGAUUGCAGUUGAUGCCUUGGCCCUGGAAAGAGCAUUUUUUUUUAUGCACUAUGAAGGUCCUACAUACAUUUAUCCCAUACCACUCACCUGGCUUUACUAAGUCUACCAAACUAAGACUUGCUAAAUCAUCUGUAUCCUUGCUCCAACCUUGGACUGCAAUCGACGCAAAGCGCGUGUUUAAAUGCACUGUGGACGCCCUGGAUGGAUACAAUUAUUGCAUUUUUGUUGAAUUUGAUUUUUUCAAAAAGUUGAGGCUGAAUCUUGUUAAAAGAGUUGAUUCACAACCACAAUAUCCCCAUACUUUUCACUCUCAUUCAACUUCACAAAGCAGCUUCUAUCAUUGCAAACAUGAACUCCAUAUCUCUUCUCAGCUUCCUGUAACGCACUUGGAUAUGUCCCUUCUCACCACAAUAAUAACAUUCUACGUCAUUAUACUUAAGACCAAGACUAAGAAACAAAGAAAAGAAGCAGUUGCAAUCAGUUGCCAAACAUAUGUGUGCAUGUAUGUAUGUAUAUAUGCUUCUAUUGAUCAGUUUCUUCCCACAUCUUUGAUACUUCAUCAGUCUCCAGAUGAUACACUCUCUGGAGCUUUUGAGGAACAUGACUUUCAUGAAUAUGUAUCUGAAAACGUUGAAAGAAUAGCCAUUGAAAUUACAGAUACUCGAGGUGCAGAACAGCAGAGAUAUAGCAUGGGGGAAGGCGUAUGGAUUCUGUUCUGUAAUAACUCCAGCUGUUCACAGGAAGCUGGGAAAACAUGCAGUUCUGGUCUUUCAGCAAUAUUCAAUCCAUAUUCAUGUAUCAAUCAUGCUUUUAUCAUUGGUGUUGAUAUACUGCUUCUCUCAGUCGCCUUGCUUAUCAUCUUUUAUAAAUUGUCCAUAAAGAAUGUUACAACCCCUUUCAAGUCACAGCGCUUCUCUUCAAUGUUGAUUCUCUCAGCAAUUUUUAAUGGAAUUUUGAGUAUUGCCUAUUUGGCCUGGGGGAUAUGGACCAUUUACCAGAAACUUGAUACGGAUCAGACAGUUUUACCUCUGGAUGGAUGGCUACUGCUAAUAUUUCAAGGAUUAACAUGGCUGCUUCUAGUCAUAUCUGUGAGCAUAAAGAAGCUAAACCUUCCAUGUAUAACAGCAGUGAAGUCUUGUUCAGUUUUUGCCUUCUUAUAUGCAGGAUUUCUCUGCAUUGCAUCUCUACAAGAGGCUAUUCUAGACAAAACAGUGUCAAUUAAGAUCGUUUUGGAUGUUUUAUCUUUUCCUGGAUCAAUUUUAUUUGUAUCAUGUGCCUUUAAAGGACACAGUUCGAAGGACACUGAUCUGGACAGUAAUUCAGAUGCUUGCUAUGCACCUUUGCAAGGUGAGGAACAUGAUUCAACUGAUGAAAUCAGUUUCAAUCAUAACUCUACUCCUUUUGCCAAAGCUGGGCUUUUAAGUAAAAUGUCAUUUUGGUGGUUGAAUCCUCUACUGAAGAAGGGUAAAGAGAAGAUUCUCGAGAACAAAGAUAUUCCAACUUUGCAGCAGGCAUGUCAAGCACAAGUAUGCUACUCAAAGUAUAUGGACCAACUGAGCAAAGAGAAACAAAGAAGAUCAAGUGGUUCAUUCUCUAUGUUUUCAGUAAUUAUGUAUUAUCACUGGAAAGCAAUAUUAACUUCAGGGUUCUUUGCAUUGAUCAAGGUUCUUACAGUAUCUACAGGUCCACUGUUUCUUAGAGCUUUUAUUCAGAUUGUUCAAGGUAAAGAAGCCUUUAAGUAUGAGGCUUACGUGCUGACUGUUGGCCUGCUUAUAGCAAAAUGCUUGGAGUCCGUAUCUGAGAGACAAUGGUUCUUUGAAACAAGAAUGGUUGGACUUCAAAUAAGGUCUAUGCUAUCUGCAGCAAUAUAUCAAAAGCAACUGCAACUAUCAAAUGCUGUUAAAAUGACUCAUUCUCCUGGUGAGAUAGUGAGUUAUGUUACAGUAGACGCCUAUAGAAUAGGUGAGUUUCCAUAUUGGUUUCAUCAGAUAUGGUCGACAAGCCUUCAGUUUUGUCUAGCAUUAUUCAUUAUAUACUCUUCAGUGGGUCUGGCAACUUUCUCUGCAUUAGUUACUGUAAUAUUGACAGUGGUUGCAAGUUAUCCACUUACCAAAUUACAGCUUGAAUAUCACAAGAAACUCAUGUUGGCACAAGAUAAAAGGCUUCAAGCUAUUACAGAGGCACUUGCAAAUAUGAAGGUUUUGAAGUUACAUGCUUGGGAGACACAUUUCAAGAAUGUUAUCGAACGUUUAAGGAAAGAUGAAUUCAAAUGGAUAUCAAGAACUCUGUCACAAAGAGGGUACCAUCUAGUUUGGUUUUGGUCUUCACCCAUUAUAGUGCCCACUGUUACUUUCUGGACUUGCUACUUGCUAGGAAUUCCACUCAAUGCCAGUAACAUCUUCACUUUUCUAGCGAGCAUUCGCAUUGUUCAAGAGCCAGUUAGGUUAAUUCCCGAUGUUGUUCAAGUGUUCAUUGAGGCAAAGGUUUCCCUAGACCGGAUUGUGAAAUUUCUUGAGGCACCAGAGUUGGGAAACAGAAAGCUACAGCAAGGAUGUAAUCACAAAAAGUUUGACCACUCCAUUUUCAUCAGGUGUAAUGAAAUUUCUUGGGACCUUAAUCCGUCCUCCAGACCUACGAUAAGAAACAUAGAUUUAUUGGUUAAACUAGGAGAAAAUAUUGCUAUUUGUGGAGAGGUUGGCUCAGGAAAAUCAACUCUUUUGGCUGCUGUUCUUGGAGAAGUUCCAAAAGUCAAUGGCACAGUUCAUGUAUAUGGAAAGAUAGCAUAUGUUUCCCAGACAGCAUGGAUCCAAACUGGAAGUAUCCAAGAAAAUGUUCUUUUUGGCUCUGUGAUGGAUCCAUUCAGAUAUCAGGAAGUGCUUGAGAAGUGUUUCCUGGAAAAAGAUCUGCAGAUGCUUCCUUUCGGGGACCUCACUGAAAUUGGAGAAAGAGGUGUUAAUCUCAGCGGUGGACAGAAGCAAAGAGUUCAAUUAGCUCGCGCAUUGUAUCAGGAUGCGGAUAUCUAUUUGCUGGAUGAUCCAUUUAGUGCCGUAGAUGCACAAACUGCAACAAGCCUUUUUAAUGUGAAUAUAAAUUUUGUCUCUGAAUAUGUCAUGAGAGCUUUGUCAGAUAAAACGGUCUUACUUGUGUCCCACCAAGUCGACUUCCUUCCAGCUUUUGAUUCUAUCUUGUUGAUGUCUGCUGGAGAAAUUAUAGAGGCAGGUACUUAUGAUCAGCUGCUAGCUUCAAGUAGAAAAUUCCAGGACCUUGUAAAUGCUCACAAUAACACAAUUGGGUCGGAAAUGGAUAUCUCGUAUUCUUCCAGCGGGAGAGCUAUGACAUCCAAAGGCGUGAUCCAGAAUGUACAUGUUAAGGAACAGCCAAUAGUGCCUUCUGGGGAGCAAUUGAUUAAGCAAGAAGAAAGAGAAACAGGAGACACAGGUUUCAAGCCUUACAUGCAAUAUUUGAGACACAGCAAGGGCUUUCUAUAUUUCACCUUGGCAAUUUUAUUCCAUGUUAUAUUCAUAGUUGGGCAGUUAACACAAAACUACUGGUUAGCAGCUGAGAUCCAAAAUUCUCAAGUAAGCAGAAUAGAAUUACUCACAGUUUUCACGGUGAUUGGGUGCACCUUAGCAGUCUUUUUGCUCCUGAGAUCCUUUUAUGUAGUUCUUCUAGGUUGUGGAGCAUCGGAAUCUAUUUUUUCCACACUGCUAAAGUCACUUUUCUGUGCUCCUAUGUCCUUUUACGAUUCAACACCUGUGGGAAGGAUACUAAGUCGGGUGUCUUCCGAUCUAAGCAUCAUCGACCAUGAAAUGGCUUUCAAAUUAUCAAUUACACUUGGAACAACCAUGAAUACCUACUUCAGCAUUUUUAUAUUGGCAAUUCUCGCCUGGCCAGUUGCAUUUAUCAUCAUUCCCAUGGUUUAUCUGACUGUACUCUUACAGAGACACUACUAUGCUUCUGCAAAGGAAUUGAUGCGAAUCAAUGGCACCACAAAGUCUUCAGUUGCCAGCCACCUUGCUGAAUCCAUUGCUGGAGCCAUGACAAUCAGAGCUUUUGGAGAGGGAGACCGAUUCUUUUUAAAGAAUAUGAACCUGAUUGAUGCCAAUGCAAGUACAGACUUUCAUACUUUUUCUGCAAACGAGUGGUUAAUCCAAAGGUUGGAAAUACUGUGUGCAAUUGUUCUUUCAUCCUCAGCCCUUUCCAUGACUUUAAUUCCCCUUGGAGCAUCUGCAUCUGGGUUAAUUGGAAUGGCACUGGCAUAUGGCCUCUCAUUAAAUGUAUUCCUAGUUGUUUCUGUAAAAUUUCAGUGUUUGCUAUCAAGUUCAGUUGUUUCUGUAGAAAGGCUAGAACAAUACAUGCAUAUUCCUAGUGAAGCUCCGGAAGUAAUUGAAGCUAACCGACCUCCAAGGGACUGGCCUUCUGUUGGCAAAGUGGAGAUUCGUAAUUUGAAGGUUAGAUAUCGGCCUGAUGCUCCACUUGUUCUUCAAGGCAUCAGCUGCAUAUUCGAAGGAGGAAGUAAAAUUGGGAUAGUUGGCCGGACUGGUAGUGGAAAGACAACUCUUAUCAGUGCUCUGUUCCGCCUGGUAGAGCCUACAGGUGGAGAAAUCAUCAUUGAUAACCUUAACAUCUCUACAAUUGGGCUUCAUGAUUUGAGAUCACAUUUGGGGAUCAUCCCUCAAGAUCCAACACUUUUUGGUGGCUCUGUCAGAUACAAUCUAGAUCCCUUAGAACAGCAUACUGAUAAUGAAAUAUGGGAGGUUCUUGAGAAGUGUCAACUCCGAGAGGCAGUUCAAGGGAAAGAAGGCGGCCUGAACUGCUUGGUAAGAAAUAAAGAUUUUGGAGUUGCUUUUUGCGUUAAAGAUGUGCAUUUGCUUCUACUAACAACAUGAUGUGCAGUUGUACAAGAUGGAUCAAACUGGAGUGUGGGGCAGCGGCAAUUAUUCUGUCUGGGACGUGCAUUGCUGAAGAGGAGCAGGAUAUUAGUGCUUGAUGAAGCCACUGCUUCGAUCGACAAUGCAACGGACUCUAUUAUCCAGAAAACAAUAAGAACGGAAUUUAAGGAAUGCACUGUGAUAACUGUGGCUCAUAGAAUACCAACUGUGAUGGACUGCAACAUGGUAGUUGGUAUUAGUGAUGGGAAAUUGGUGGAGUACGAUGAGCCAACCAAGCUGAUGAAUAAGGAGGGAUCAUUGUUCGGGCAGCUGGUCCAGGAAUAUUGGUCGCGUUCUGCUAAUAAUGGUACAAGUCUAGAAGAUUGGUAAUGUAAAGUUUUUCUAACCGGCACUGCCGGGCCCUCGUGGAAAACUUGCAUUGUGAAUGGUCGGUUUUUUUUUUAGUUUGUGGUUGAU